AUGAACUCAACCACCAUUCCACGGUGGCUUGCGGUGGACGGAGGGAGUCAGCCUCAAAACGGCAGUAGUGAGGCAGCCAUCAGGAGGGAAAUGAAGAGGGAAGAAGGUGGUUCGAACCCACCAAGUACAGCAGCAGCACCAGCAAAGAGACGACGGUUCGCUAACCUCGUCGGCAGCUUCGUCAUCAACAGUAACGACAUAACAACGGCUGGUGGUAAGGACCCGACUAUAGGAGGAUCAUCCGUUAUCCCCUGGUGGUCUUCAGUUCCUCCGGUCAUAGAGGAUUUCAUCGUUGGUCUUGGGUGA